AUGAGAAGAACCGUUUGGCAAACCCUUAACUUGGAUUUUUUUUUGUUUGUUUGUUUGAUUGAUUUUGUUUCUAGGUUGCAGAUUCAGAGAGGCACAACUGACCCAAACCAUUACAAAAGCUUAGGAGACAGUUUUCGGGUGAUUUUCCGAACAGAAGGGCUGUUCGGCUUUUACAAGGGAAUUCUGCCACCCAUUAUGGCUGAAACACCAAAAAGGGCAGUGAAGUUUUUCACCUUUGAGCAGUACAAGAAAUUGCUAGAAUAUGUGUCACUGUCACCAGCAUUGACAUUUGCCAUUGCUGGACUGGGAUCUGGACUAACAGAAGCCAUCGUGGUUAACCCUUUUGAGGUAGUAAAAGUUGGCUUGCAAGCCAAUCGGGACACAUUUGCAGAGCAACCAUCCACUAUGAGCUAUGCAAGACACAUCAUUAAGAAAGAAGGCUUGGGAUUCCAGGGCCUCAACAAAGGAUUUACCGCAACUUUGGGACGCCAUGGGAUUUUUAACAUGGUUUAUUUUGGCUUCUACUACAAUGUCAAAAACAUUGUUCCUGUCAAUCAGGAUCCAAAGUUGGAGUUUUUGAGAAAAUUUGGGAUUGGUCUUCUCUCGGGGACAAUAGCCUCAGUCAUUAACAUCCCUUUUGAUGUUGCCAAAAGUAGGAUUCAAGGGCCUCAGCCAGUUCCUGGACAGAUCAAGUACAGAACCUGUUUUAAAACAAUAGCAACAGUCUACCAGGAAGAAGGGUUUUUAGCUUUGUACAAAGGUCUGAUUCCCAAGAUUAUGAGGCUUGGACCAGGUGGUGCAGUGAUGCUGCUGGUUUAUGAAUACACCUAUUCAUGGCUUCAGAAGAGCUGGUGA